CCAUGCAUCGGCGGAAAUAAAUCGAAGUGCGGAUUGAACGAGGAAUUCCAGCAGUGUGGAAGCGCGUGCCCUAAGACAUGUGAUGGGAGCAACUCUACUGCAAUUUGCAAUUUGCAGUGCGUGCAAGGAUGUUUCUGUAAAAUGGGUUACGUGCUUGAUCGAACAGGUGGUGUAUGUGUCCGUGAAACCGAGUGCAAA